UUGUGGUAAAGAAUACACCAACGGCUCAGGACUUUCUACACAUCGAAGACGUCACAAAGGAGAGAAAAUGUAUUCAUGUUCAGAAUGUGGGAAAUGUUUUAGACGAAAAUCAUAUCUUGUUUUACAUGAGAGAAUUCACACUGGGGAAAAGCCGUAUUCAUGUUCAGAAUGUGGAAAUUGUUUUACACAGAAAUCAGAUCUUGUUAAACAUGAAAGACGUCACACAGGAGAGAAGCCAUAUUCAUGUUCAGAUUGUGGGAAAUGUUUUACACAGAAAUCAUAUCUUGUUAUACAUGAGAGAAUUCACACAGGAGAGAAGCCAUAUUCAUGUUUAGAAUGUAAGAAAAGUUUUACACUGAAAUCAGAUCUUCUUAAACAUGAGAGAAGUCACACAGGAGAGAAGCCAUAUUCGUGUUCAGAAUGUGGGAAAUGUUUUACACAGAAACCCAAUCUUGUUAUACAUGAAAGACACCACACAGGAGAGAAGCCAUAUUCAUGUUCAGAAUGUGGGAAAUAUUUUACACGGAAAUCAUAUCUUGUUAUACAUGAGAGAAGUCACACAGGAGAGAAGCCGUAUUCCUGUUCAGAAUGUGGGAAAUGUUUCACACAGAAAUCAAAUCUUGUUAUACAUGAGAGACGUCACAGAGGAGAGAAAGCAUAUACAUGUUCAGAAUGUGGGAAAUCUUUUACACGGAAAUCAGAUCUUGUUAUACAUGAGAGAAUUCACACUGGGGAAAAGCCGUAUUCAUGUUCAGAAUGUGGGAAAUGUUAUAAACAAAAAUCGGAUCUUGUUUACCAUAAGAGAAUUCACGCUGUGGAAAAGCCGUAUUCAUGUUCAGAAUGUGGGAAAUGUUUUACACACAAAUCAGAUCUUGUUAAACAUGAGAGAUUUCACACUGGGGAAAAGCCAUAUUCAUGUUCAGAAUGUGGUAAAUGUUUUACACAGAAAUCAGAUCUUGUUAAACAUGUAAGACGUCACACAGGAGAGAAGCCAUAUUCUUGUUCAGAAUGUGGGAAAUGUUUUAUAGAGAAAUCAGGUCUUGUUAUACAUGAAAGAUGUCACACAGGAGAGAAGCCAUAUUCAUGUUCAGAAUGUGGGAAAUGUUUUACAGAUAAAUCAGGUCUUGUUAUACAUGAAAGACGUCACACAGGAGAGAAGCCAUAUUUAUGUUCAGAAUGUGGGAAAUGUUUUACACAGAAAUCAAAUCUUGUUAAACAUGAAAGACAUCACACAGGAGAGAAGCCAUAUUCAUGUUCAGAAUGUGGGAAAUGUUUUACACAGAAGCCCAAUCUUGUUAUACAUGAAAGACACCACACAGGAGAGAAGCCAUAUUCAUGUUCAGAAUGUGGGAAAUAUUUUACACGGAAAUCAUAUCUUGUUAUACAUGAGAGAAGUCACACAGGAGAGAAGCCGUAUUCCUGUUCAGAAUGUGGGAAAUGUUUCACACAGAAAUCAAAUCUUGUUUACCAUGAGAGACGUCACACAGGAGAGAAAGCAUAUACAUGUUCAGAAUGUGGGAAAUCUUUUAAACAGAAAUCAGAUCUUGUUAAACAUAAAAGAUGUCACACAGGAGAGAAGCCAUAUUCCUGUUCAGAAUGUGGGAAAUGUUUCACACAGAAAUCAAAUCUUGUUAAACAUGAAAGACGUCACACAGGAGAGAAGCCGUAUUCAUGUUCAGAAUGUGGGAAAUGUUUUACACAGAAACCCAAUCUUGUUAUACAUGAAAGACGUCACACAGGAGAGAAGCCAUAUUCAUGUAUAGAAUGUGGGAAAUGUUUUACAGAGAAAUCACAUCUUGUUUUACAUGAGAGAAUUCACACAGGAGAGAAGCCGUAUUCAUGUUCAGAAUGUGGGAAAUGUUUUACACAGAAAUCAAAUCUUGUUAAACAUAAGAAAUUUCACACUGGGGUAAAGCCAUAUUCAUGUUCAGAAUGUGGGAAAUGUUUUACACAGAAAUCACAUCUUGUUAAACAUAAGAAAUUUCACACUGUGGGAAAGCCAUAUUCAUGUUCAGAAUGUGGGAAAUGUUUUACACAGAAAUCAGAUUUUGUUAUACAUGAAAGACGUCACACAGGAGAGAAACCCUAUUCAUGUUCAGAAUGUGGGAAAUGUUUUACACGGAAAACAUAUCUUGUUAUGCAUGAGAGAAAUCACACAGGAGAGAAGCCGUAUUCAUGUUCAGAAUGUGGGAAAUGUUUUACACGGAAAUCAUAUCUUGUUAUACAUAAGAGAAGUCACACAGGAGAGAAGCCAUAUUCAUGUUCAGAAUGUGGGAAAUGUUUUACACAGAAAUCCAAUCUUGUUAUACAUGAGAGAUAUCACACAGGAGAGAAGCCAUAUUCAUGUUCAGAAUGUGGGAAAUGUUUUACACAGAAAUCCAAUCUUGUUAUACAUGAAAGAUGUCACACAGGAGAGAAAGCAUAUACAUGUUCAGAAUGUGGGAAAUGUUUUACACAGAAAUCAGAUCUGGUUAUACAUCAGAGAUGUCACACAGGAGUGAAGCCAUUUUCGUGUUCAGAAUGUGGGAAACAUUUUUCAGAAAAAUCAAGCCUUCUAACACAUAAGAAGAAUCACACAGGAGAGAAGCCAUAUUCAUGUUCAGAAUGUGGUAAAUGUUUUACACGGAAAUCGCAUCUUGUUGUACAUGAGAGAUGUCACACAGGAGAGAAGCCAUAUCCAUGUUCAGAAUGUGGUAAAUGUUUUACACGGAAAUCACAUCUUGUUAAACAUGAGAGAUGUCACACAGGAGAGAAGCCAUAUUCAUGUUCAGAAUGUGGGAAAUGUUUUACACAGAAAUUCAAUCUUGUUAUGCAUGAGAGAAUUCACACUGGGGAUAAGCCGUAUUCAUGUUCAGAAUGUGGGAAAUGUUUUACACAGAAAUCAUAUCUUGUUAUACAUGAGAGAUGUCACACAGGAGAGAAGCCAUAUUCAUGUUCAGAAUGUGGGAAAUGUUUUACAGAUAAAUCAAGACUUUCUACACACCAAAGACGACACAAAGGAGAGAAAAUGUAUUCAUGUUCAGAAUGUGGGAAAUGCUUUACACGGAAAUCACAUCUUGCUAUACAUGAGAGAUGUCACACAGGAGAGAAACCGUAUUCAUGUUCAGAAUGUGGGAAAUGUUUUACAACGAAAUCGUAUCUUGUUAAACAUGAGAGAUGUCACACAGGACUGAAGCCAUAUUCAUGUUCAGAAUGUGGGAAAUGUUUUACACAGAAAUCCCAUCUUGUUAUCCAUGAGAGAAUUCACACUAGGGAAAAGCCGUAUUCAUGUUCAGAAUGUGGGAAAUGUUUUACACAAAAAUCAGAUCUUGUUUUACAUGAGAGAUAUCACACAGGAGAGAAGCUAUAUUCAUGUUCAGAAUGUGGGAAAUGUUUUACAAGGAAAUCACAUCUUGUUAUACAUGAGAGAUGUCACACAGGAGAGAAACCAUAUUCAUGUACAGAAUGUGGUAAAUGUUUUACAGAGAAAUCACAUCUUGUUAUACAUGAGAGAUGUCACACAGGAGAGAAGCCAUAUUCAUGUUCAGAAUGUGGUAAAUGUUUUACGAGGAAAUCAUAUCUUGUUAUACAUGAGAGAUGUCACACAGGAGAGAAGCCAUAUUUAUGUUCAGAAUGUGGGAAAUGUUUUACAAGGAAAUCACAUCUUGUUAUACAUGAGCGAUGUCACACAGGACUGAAGCCAUAUUCAUGUUCAGAAUGUGGGAAAUGUUUUACACAGAAAUCAGAUCUUGUUAUACAUGAGAGAAUUCACACUGGGGGAAAACCGUAUUCAUGUUCAGAAUGUGGGAAAUGUUUUUCACAGAAAUCAUGUCUUGUUAGACAUGAGAGAUGUCACACAGGAGAGAAGCCAUAUUCAUGUUCAGAAUGUGGGAAAUGUUUUACAAGGAAAUCACAUCUUGUUAUACAUGAGAGAUGUCACACAGGAGAGAAGCCAUAUUCAUGUUCAGAAUGUGAGAAAUGUUUUACAGAAAAAUCAAAACUUUCUACACACCGAAGACGUCACAAAGGAGAGAAAAUGUAUUCAUGUUCAGAAUGUGGGAAAUGUUUUACAUGGAAAUCAGAUCUUGCUAUACAUGAGAGAUGUCACACAGGAGAGAAGCCAUAUUCAUGUUCAGAAUGUGGUAAAUGUUUUACAAGGAAAUCACAUCUUGUUAUACAUGAGAGAUGUCACACAGGAGAGAAACCAUAUUCAUGUACAGAAUGUGGUAAAUGUUUUACAGAGAAAUCACAUCUUGUUAAACAUGAGAGAUGUCACACAGGAGAGAAGCCAUAUUCAUGUUCAGAAUGUGGUAAAUGUUUUACAAGGAAAUCAGAUCUUGUUAUACAUGAGAGAUGUCACACAGGAGAGAAGCCAUAUUCAUGUUCAGAAUGUGGUAAAUGUUUUACAAGGAAAUCACAUCUUGUUAUACAUGAGAGAUUUCACACAGGAGAGAAGCCAUAUUCAUGUUCAGAAUGUGGGAAAUGUUUUACAAGGAAAUCACAUCUUGUUAGACAUGAGAGAUGUCACACAGGAGAGAAGCCAUAUUCAUGUUCAGAAUGUGGGAAAUGUUUUACACAGAAAUCAGAUCUUGUUAUACAUGAGAGAAUUCACACUGGGGGAAAACCGUAUUCAUGUUCAGAAUGUGGGAAAUGUUUUUCACAGAAAUCAUGUCUUGUUAGACAUGAGAGAUGUCACACAGGAGAGAAGCCAUAUUCAUGUUCAGAAUGUGGGAAAUGUUUUACAGAAAAAUCAAGACUUUCUACACACCGAAGACGACACAAAGGAGAGAAAAUGUAUUCAUGUUCAGAAUGUGGGAAAUGUUUUACACGGAAAUCAAAUCUUGUUAAACAUGAGAAAAUUCACACAGGAGAGAAACCGUAUUCAUGUACAGAAUGUGGGAAAUGUUUUACAAGGAAAUCACAUCUUGUUAUACAUGAGAGAUGUCACACAGGAGAGAAGCCAUAUUCAUGUUCAGAAUGUGGGAAAUGUUUAACAAGGAAAUCACAUCUUGUUAUACAUGAGAGAUGUCACACAGGAGAGAAGCCAUAUUCAUGUUCAGAAUGUGGGAAAUGUUUUACAAGGAAAUCAAAUCUUGUUAUACAUGAGAGAUGUCACACAGGAGAGAAGCCAUAUUCAUGUUUAGAAUGUGGGAAAUGUUUUACACGGAAAUCACAUCUUGUUAUACAUGAGAGAUGUCACACAGGAGAGAAGCCAUAUUCAUGUUCAGAAUGUGGGAAAUGUUUUACAAGGAAAUCAGAUCUUGUUAUACAUGAGAGAUGUCACACAGGAGAGAAGCCAUAUUCAUGUUCAGAAUGUGGGAAAUGUUUUACACAGAAAUCAGAUCUUGCUAUACAUGAGAGAUGUCACACAGGAGAGAAGCCAUAUUCAUGUUCAGAAUGUGGGAAAUCUUUUUCACAGAAAUCACAUCUUGUUAUACAUGAGAGAUGUCACACAGGAGAGAAGCCAUAUUCAUGUUCAGAAUGUGGGAAAUGUUUUACAAGGAAAUCAGAUCUUGUUAUACAUGAGAGAUGUCACACAGGAGAGAAGCCAUAUUCAUGUUCAGAAUGUAGGAAAUGUUUUACACAGAAAUCAGAUCUUGUUAUACAUGAGAGAUGUCACACAGGAGAGAAGCCAUAUUCAUGUUCAGAAUGUGGGAAAUGUUUUUCACAGAAAUCAUGUCUUGUUAUACAUGAGAGAUGUCACACAGGAGAGAAGCCAUAUUCAUGUUCAGAAUGUGGGAAAUGUUUUACACAGAAAUCAGAUCUUGUUAUACAUGAGAGAUGUCACACAGGAGAGAAGCCAUAUUCAUGUUCAGAAUGUGGGAAAUGUUUUACACAGAAAUCAGAUCUUGUUAUACAUGAGAGAUGUCACACAGGAGAGAAGCCAUAUUCAUGUUCAGAAUGUGGGAAAUGUUUUACAAGGAAUUCACAUCUUGUUAUACAUGAGAGAUGUCACACAGGAGAGAAGCCAUAUUCAUGUUCAGAAUGUGGGAAAUGUUUUACAGAAAAAUCAAAACUUUCUACACACCGAAGACGUCACAAAGGAGAGAUAAUGUAUUCAUGUUCAGAAUGUGGGAAAUGUUUUACACAGAAAUCAAAUCUUGUUAUACAUGAGAGAUUUCACACAGGAAAGAAACCAUAUUCAUGUUCAGAAUGUGGGAAAUAUUUCGCAGAUAAAUCAACUCUUGCUAUACAUGAGAGAAUUCACACAGGAGAGAAACCGUAUUCAUGUUCAGAAUGUGGGAAAUGUUUUACAACGAAAUCGUAUCUUGUUUUACAUGAGAGAUGUCACACAGGACUGAAGCCAUAUUCAUGUUCAGAAUGUGGGAAAUGUUUUACACAGAGAUCCAAUCUUGUUAUCCAUGAGAAAAUUCACACUAGGGUAAAGCCGUAUUCAUGUUCAGAAUGUGGGAAAUUUUUUACACAAAAAUCAGAUCUUGUUUUACAUGAGAGAUGUCACACAGGAGAGAAACCAUAUUCAUGUUCAGAAUGUGGGAAAUGUUUUGCAGAUAAAUCACAUCUUGUUAAACAUGAGAGAAUUCACACAGGAGAGAAACCAUAUUCAUGUUCAGAAUGUGGUAAAUGUUUUGCAGAUAAAUCAUAUCUUGCUAUACAUGAGAGAUGUCACACAGGAGAGAAACCAUUUUCAUGUUCAGAAUGUGGGAAAUGUUUUGCACACAAAUCACAUCUUGUUAAACAUGAGCGAAUUCACACAGGAGAGAAACCAUAUUCAUGUUCAGAAUGUGGGAAAUGUUUUACACAGAAAUCAUAUCUUGUUUUACAUGAGAGAAUUCACACAGGAGAGAAACCAUAUUCAUGUUCAGAAUGUGGGAAAUGUUUUACAUGGAAAUCACUUCUUGUUAAACAUGAGAGAAUUCACACAGGAGAGAAACCAUAUUCAUGUUCAGAAUGUGGUAAAUGUUUUGCAGCUAAAUCAUAUCUUGCUAUACAUGAGAGAUGUCACACAGGAGAGAAACCAUAUUCAUGUUCAGAAUGUGGGAAAUGUUUUACACACAAAUCACAUCUUGUUAAACAUGAGAGAAUUCACACAGGAGAGAAUCCAUAUUCAUGUUCAGAAUGUGGUAAAUAUUUUGCAGAUAAAUCAAAUCUUGCUAUACAUGAGAGAUGUCACACAGGAAAGAAACCGUAUUCAUGUUCAGAAUGUGGGAAAUGUUUUACAACGAAAUCGUAUCUUGUUAAACAUGAGAGAAUACACACUAGGGAAAAGCUGUAUUCAUGUUCAGAAUGUGGGAAAUAUUUUACACAAAAUUCAGAUCUUGUUUUACAUGAGAGAAGUCACACUGGGGAAAAGCCAUAUUCAUGUUCAGUAUGUAGUAAAUGUUUUUCACGGAAAUCAUAUGUUGUUAUCCAUGAGCGAAUUCACACUGGGGAAAAGCCAUACAUCUGCAGAGAAUGUGGGAAAUGUUUUACACGAAAAUCCAUUCUUGUUAUACAUGAGAGAAUUCACACAGGAGAGAAGCCAUAUUCAUGUUCAGAAUGUGAGAAAUGUUUCACGCGGAAAUCAAUUCUUGUUACACAUGAGAGAUGUCACACAGGAGAGAAAGCAUAUACAUGUUCAGAAUGUGGAAAAUGUUUUAGAGAUAAAUCAAAUCUUAUAAAACAUAGUAGAGGUCACACAGGAGAGAAACCAUAUUCAUGUUCAGAAUGUGGGAAAUGUUUUAGACAAAAAUCACAUCUUGUUACACAUGAGAGAAGUCACACAGGUGAGAAGCCGUAUUCAUGUUCAGAAUGUGGGAAAUGUUUUACAGAGAAAUCAAGUUUUGUUAGACAUGAGAGAAGUCACACAGGAGCGAAAGCAUAUUCGUGUUUAGAAUGUGGGAAAUGUUUUACAGAGAAAUCAAAUCUUGUUAAACAUGAGAGAUGUCACACUGGGGAAAAGCCAUAUUCAUGUUCAGAAUGUGGGAAAUGUUUUACAGAGAAACCACAUCUUGUUACACAUGAGAGAAUUCACACUGGGGAAAAGCCAUAUUCAUGUUCAGAAUGUGAGAAAUGUUUCAAACAGAAAUCCACUCUUGUUAAACAUAAGAUAAUUCACACAGGAGAGAAGCCAUAUACAUGUUCAGAAUGUGGGAAAUGUUUCACACGGAAAUCAAAUCUUGUUAUACAUGAGAGAUGUCACACAGGAGAGAAACCGUAUUCAUGUUCGGAAUGUGGGAAAUGUUUUACACAGAAAUCACAUCUUGUUAUACAUGAGAGAUGUCACACAGGAGAGAAACCGUAUUCAUGUUCGAAAUGUGGGAAAUGUUUUACACGGAAAUCAUAUCUUGUUAUACAUGAGAGAUGUCACACAUGAAAUAAACCAUAUUCAUGUUCGGAAUGUGGGAAAUGUUUUACACAGAAAUCAUAUCUUGUUAUACAUGAGAGAUGUCACACAGGAGAGAAAGCAUAUACAUGUUUAGAAUGUGGGAAAUGUUUUACACAGAAAUCAAGUCUUGUAAAACAUAAGAGGAAUCACACAGGAGAGAAGCUGCAUUCAGAAUCAGAAAAAUACUGCUAA